AUGUAUCGUGGACGAAGUGUGGCUAAACUGCUGUACAUGCACAUGCUGGGGUAUCCAGCACACUUUGGACAGAUGGAGUGUUUGAAACUGAUUGCCUCAGCCAGAUUUACUGACAAACGCAUUGGAUACCUUGGUGCAAUGAUGUUGCUGGAUGAAAGGCAAGAUGCUCAUCUACUAAUAACCAAUAGCAUGAAGAGGGACCUAGAGCAUAGCUCCUCUGUGGUGCAAGGCCUGGCUCUGUGCACACUGGCCUGCAUGGGAUCAACUGAGAUGUGUCGGGAUCUAGCUGGAGAAGUGGAGCAUCUUCUGAAAACAUCAAAUUCCCAUGUCAAGAAAAAGUUCGCAUCCACAGGCUGUCCUCUGUGCUGUGCACAUUAUCCGGAAGGUCCCUGA